GGACCUAGUAAGCCUCGGUUAUAAGAGAGUUGGUCUUCCUGAAGAAACAAAACAUUCAAUUUACGCAACAGAUUAGUUAUACGCAGCGCAUUCAAGGCUCUGCUGCCAUCCAAAAUCUUGCUUAAAUAAUUCACCACCGGUGGCCGGAAGAUGAGGACACUGGUGUGGUGAGAGUGCCAUUCACGCCACGGACCACUGCCCCCGCUCGUUACACUGAGCGCAGCUUCUCCCUCAGUCUGCGAAUGCACAGCCUUGAAGAAAUGGAAAAAUUCCGGCAGUUUGUGGCGUUGCUCCUCGCCGCCCUUUUGCUGGGAAUUCUCUCGAUUGCCACUGUUUUGACCUGGGUGCUUUUUUGGAGAGGGGGUCUGGCGUGGGAUUCGGGACUGCUUGAAUUUAACUGGCACCCAGUGCUCAGCACCGUAGGAUUCAUCUUCAUCAACGGAUUCGCGCUGAUCAUUUAUAGACUGCCUUGGACAUGGAACUUUAGUAAACUGCGAAUGAAGAUCAUUCAUGCCGGCCUCACUGUUGCAACCUUUAUGCUUAUGAUCAUUUCACUCGUGGCGGUUUUUGACUUCCACAACUCCAAGAAGAUUCCAAAUAUGUACAGCUUACACAGCUGGAUUGGACUGGCUGCAGUUAUCAUGUAUGCUUUGCAAAUAGUAUUAGGGUUGUGCAUUUUUUUGCUGCCAUUCACUCCCAUGUAUAUCAAGGCACUUUACAUGUCAAUCCAUGUGUUCGCUGGUCUCUUCAUCUUUGGAAUGGCAAUUAUUGCGGCUGAAACAGGAAUAACUGAAAAACUUAUUUUCACUCUGCGCCCAGGAAGUAAUGUCACACUCUCCUAUGCUCAGUCACCUCCUGAGGCUAUACUUGUCAAUGCUCUUGGAAUUCUGAUUUUAGUCUUUGGAGGAUACAUCUUCUGGAUUGCCACACGACCUGAAUGGAAACGCCCUCCGGAACAGAUAAAAGGAAGCAUGAGUAUUGACGAAGCAUCCACCUUAAACAAAACAAGUAUUUCAGCUGAAAUCAGUAUGGACAAUGUUGGAGAGAACACGCCAAGACUGAGACAAGUCAAUCUUGAAGAUGUGGGCCAAAGAGCAACAUUCUAAGAAAUGAAAUGAAUUGUAAUUUGCUCUAUUGCUGUUUUAGGUUUUUAAUAAUUUUUAAGUGUUAUACAUUCAAUAGUGCCUAAGUGAACAAAAAUAACCAAAAUGGUUUACAGUUGGCUUAGGAUUAUUUUCCUGGAACCAGAGGCAAAAUACUGACUUCAAUGCAUUUCUUUUUUGUUAAGCAACAAUUCAGUAUAAUCAGUAUUAAAAACCUUCAUUUUUACAUUUAUGCUUUACAUUUCCUUCAUUGAUAACAUUGACAUUUUCCCUUGUAUGUAUGUGUGGUUUUAACAGACUAACUUGUUGCAAAACCAAACUUUGAUCUAACUUUUCACUUAGAACAUUAGAGUAUUACAGCACAGGAACAGGCCUUUUGGCCCUUAUUGGCUGUGCUGAACCAUUUUUCUGCCUAGUCCCACUGACCUGCACCUGGACCAUAUUCCUCCAUACACCUCUCAUCCAUGUACCUGUCCAAGUUUUUUUUUAAAUGUUAAAAGUGAGCCUGCAUUUACUACUUCAUCUGGCAGCUCAUCCAACACUCCCACUACUCUCAGUGAAGAAGCCCCCCCCCCGCAAUGUUCCCUCUAAACUUUUCCCCCUUCACUCUUAACCCAUGACCUCUGGUUUUUUUCUCCCCUGUCCUCAGUGGAGAAAGCCUACUUGCAUUCACUCUAUCUAUUCCCAUCAUAAUUUUAUAUACCUCUAUCAAAUCUCCCCUCAUUCUUCUACACCCCAGGGAAUAAAGUCCUAACCUAUUCAACCUUUCUCUAUAACUCAGUUUCUCAAGUCCCAGCAACAUCCUUGUAAACCUUCCCUGCACUCUUUCAACCUUAUUAAUAUCCUUCCUGUAAUUCGGUGACCAAAACUACACACAAUACUCCAAAUUUGGCCUCACCAAUGCCUUAUAUAACCUCACCAUAACAUUCCAGCUCUUAUACUCAAUACUUUGAUUUAUAAAGGCCUAUGUACCAAAAGCUCUCUUUACUACCCUAUCUACCUGUGACAUCACUUUUGGAAUCCCUCUGUUCUACUGCACUCCUCAGUGCCCUACCAUUUACCUUGUAUGUUCUACCUUGGUUUUUCCUUCCAAAGUGCAAUACCUCACAUUUGUCUGUAUUAAACUCCAUCUGCCAUUUUCUAGCCCAUUUUCCAGCUGGUCCAAAUCCCUUUGCAAGCUUUGAAAACCUUUCUCACUGUCCACUACACCUGCAAUCUUCGUAUCAUCUUCAAAAUGCCUGAUAAAUGUGUUGUGAAACAGAUACCUUACAUACUUUAUAUAAUGGUAAUCAAAUUUGUUUAGUCAUCUCUUUAGAGAAUAUACCAUUUAACUGUUGUUUUCAUUAUUAUAUGCUCUGUAUAUUCACUUAUUUAAAUAAAAAUGACUACAAGUCCCUUAGUAUUUAUUUCCUUAGCCAUACU